AUGGGCAACUAUGGAGAAUGCAUCAAGAUCAACAAGGAAGUGAGCAGUGGUCCUUCGAUCAAGGGCAAAUAUUGCUUUGCCGAGAUACCCAUUCUAAAGAUGCUUGGAAUCCCUGUCAACAGGAACCUAAAGAUUGGCAUUUGCUUUCCGUCCAGCUGUUCGGCGGCGCAGAUGGGCGUAUUUCUCGGUAAAGUCAUUCAGCAAGUGAUUGGAUUGACUAGCCCAAUAAGCUUGGUGAACGAAAAAAGUUGUCGCACCAAUGAACGGGAACCAUUGGAUGGCAUUGCUAUCUUGACUAUUGUUCUCCUAUCCAUAUUUGCUGCCUUGGCCCUGCUGGCCACCUUAUAUGAUUAUUUCCUAGUGUCGGAUCAAGCCAAAUUUCCCGCUUUGAUCAAAAUAUUCUCUAUACGUGCGACUUCGCGCUCACUCUUCCGCAUUAUCCCGCCGAAAUCGAAUCCGAAUGUAAUCGAGUGUCUGCAUGGCAUGCGCUGUUUGUCCCUCAUCUGGGUGGUCUUUGGACAUGAGUAUAUGUUCGGUCUGGCUAAUCCGAACAUCAAUAGGAUUAGCUUCCUUCAUUGGUCGGAAAGUCCCUUCGCUCAGACCAUAAUUCAUGCGGUCUUCUCCGUGGACACCUUCUUCUUCUUAAGUGGCAUGCUCGUGGUUAUGGUUGCACUGCGUGCUAUGGAGAGAUCCAAGGGCAAGCUGAAUGUCCCACUGAUGUAUCUGCAUCGCUAUCUGCGUCUCACUCCAGUGCUAGCUAUAGCUAUAUUAGCCUACAUGAAGUUGAUCCCUCUCUUAGUGGAUGGGCCCGUGGCCAAUGCGGGCUUCGAUGACUAUAAGCGAUGUGAAAGAACCUGGUUCUGGACGCUGCUCUAUGUGCAAAACUAUGCCACUGACGAAAUUUGCUUGCCUCACAGCUGGUAUCUGAGCGUGGAUAUGCAGAUGUACAUACUCUCGCCCCUAUUGCUCUUUGCGCUCUACAAGUGGGGCAAGAAGGCAGCCAUUGGCACAGUUGCUGUCAUCGUGCUGUUAACUGUAUAUCUCUUUACCACCAUGAUGGUCAACAAGCAUUCCGUAUUUAUAAAGAACAAUGAUGGAUCGCAGCGUUUGCUUUAUUUCUACACCCAUACGCACGCCACUCCUUGGCUUGUUGGCGCCGUCUUUGGCUACUUCCUGCAUGCGAAUCGUGGCAAGUGCUUCAAGCUGAAUCGCUUAGCAGUCUGGUCCGGCUGGCUGAUAGCGCUAGCCAUAAUCUGUACCUGUGAAUUUUCACUGCUGCCGUACAUUAAGUGGACCGGCCGGGAUCUGUCGACACUAUCCGAUUCGCUGUACUACUCCCUCACGCGCGUUGGCUGGCCCAUCGCUCUCUGCUGGGUGACGUUUGCCUGCGUGCAGGGCUACGGCGGAAUGGCCAACAGUUUCCUCUCCUCCCCGCUGUGGCAGCCGCUGUCGAGGCUCUCCUAUUCCGCCUACGUGUGGCACAUAUUCAUCCAGGAAAUCAAUAGCAGACGCUAUCAGACCAACACCUUCUUCUCCAACUACGAAAUGAUGCUCAAAUUCUGGGCGGACUUUGGCUUUACUCUACUUACUGCCUACCUGAUGUACAUCAUCAUCGAGGCACCGCUGGGCGGCUUGGAGGGCCUGCUACUACCCAACCGUAGACCCAGUCCCAAGCCAGCGAACGAAACACAGUCCCAGCUAAAGAAGGACCCUGAACUAGUUAGGAACAAUCAGUUCAGCGAUAAAGCGAAUCUGCCGCAACUGGCGAAUGAUGUGGAAGCAGCUCAAGACGUACCCUCUAGUGCUCCAGCUGUGAACACAUAAUUUUUCUCUAUAAAAUUAAUUUUGUUUAUUAU